UACAGAGGAAAUAACAGCCUCAUGCUGGUCUUCUCAGUGGUGCAAUUAACAUUCACAAUUGUUGAAGUAAAACAUCAUUAGGAGGAAAGAAGAUACCUGUGGCACUCUGGAAAGGACAAGCAUCUGGAUACAGUUGACAGUUUUCUGAAAUAUUUACAGAGAAGUAGGGGAUGCUGCCAGUUCUUUUCUCACCAUUCCGGCACUGCUCAGCUUCACAAAAGCGGAUCCCGUCAGGAACACAUAUGAAUGAGUGGAUGUGGGGAACGCCAUCCUGCAAUUUAGAGCAGACAUAGCCGCUCGGGACUCGCCCUGCGCAGCCGGGAAAGCAAAAUGCCGGCGGGAUCUGCUUGGUGCCAGCCUGCUCUGCUCUUACUCCUCUCCUGCGUUCCCCUGUGGGCCGCUGGGAUUUCCUGCAGGAAUGAAGAUGGGGAGACGGUGGACUGGUUUGCUCUUUACAAGCUGCCAAAGCAUGCCAAAGGACAGAUUCCCCUGCUGGGCCUGGAAUACCUGUACAUGGAUGCUCUGACUCCACAGUGGCAGCUUGGUAAACACCUCAUCAACAUGAGCCAGGGUGCUCUGGGACAAACACUGCAGCAGCUCUAUGAGACAUAUGAAUCCAAGAGGAACACCACUGCAUAUGCAAUAUACAACGAUGAGAUCCCUGAAUCAGACUCCAAAGGAUCACAAUGUGGACACACCAAAGGAUUUCUGCUCUUGGAUAAAUCACAAGGCUUCUGGGUGAUUCACAGUGUGCCCCUGUUCCCUCCCAGCCCUGAGGAUGGUUAUGGAUAUCCAUCUACUGGGGAGUCCUUUGGACAGACAGCCAUCUGUAUAACCUUCAAAUAUGAUCAGUUCACAGAAAUAGACCAACAGAUGUUGAGUUAUAAUCCAGGAAUCUACAGCUGUUCCAUCCCUGACAUCUUCCAAGCUGAUCUCCCAAAUCUCCAGAAACUCUGUGCAAAGUCCAGGCUGCCCUCGCCCCCCUUGUACCACCUCUCCAAGCUCCAGUCAGCUCAGGGGGAAACCUUUCUCCACUUUGCAAAGUCACACUUGUUCAUAGAUGAUAUCUAUGUGGCCUGGAUGGCUCAGGAACUGAAGACUGAUUUGUUGGCUGAAUCCUGGCAGCGUUCUGGCGAAAAGCUUUACUCAAAUUGCUCUCUUGACUACCACGUCUACAACAUAAACAUAAUAGGGAUGCCUUUGAACUCCACCUUCCAUUCCAUUAAUGAUCAUUCCAAAUGGGCUGUUUCAAGGAAAUACAAAGAUCAGUGGACAUGCAUUGGGGACUUGAACCGUGCUGCCGAGCAAGCUUGGAGAAGUGGUGGGUUCAUCUGUACCCAGAAUGAACAGAUCUACAAAGCCUUCAGGCAUUUGAUAAUCCACUAUGAAAGCUGCACUUCUGCUCCCAGAGAGCUCUAACAAACAUUCCUCCCAACCAGCACAGCCCUUGUUACAUGGGAAGUGUAGGAAAUCUCUCUCUCUCUGAACUGUAUUUUCACUCUGAAAAGCAGCUCUGUGAGUUCCCAGAUGUGCUAGGCCAUCCCCUUGUUAGCUGUAGGAGCAGGUGAAGGGCAGCUGCUUUCCUGUGCUGUGGGGCCCUCAGGGGGUGUGUGCUGGGCCCUGCUCUGCUCCCUGGCUCCUGUCACCACUCCCCAUGGCAUGGCAUGGCAGGGACACUGCUGCACGGGGCUGCACCAAAGCACAUCUGACGGGCAUCCCUGGGCACCUUGGGAGUGGGGCUGGACCUGGGAUGGGAGGGACAACAGGAAACUCUCCCUUGAACUGGGCUGGCAGCCCUGGCAGGUAGCCAGGGAUAAGCACCCCCAGGUGCUUCAGAACUGCCCUGGAUUUCUGGCACUGUUGAGAUAAAUCACAGCAUUUCUGCUCAGCUUGGGCUGAAUCUCUAAAAGAGCUGAGAAAAUUAGAUCCAGACAGGGCGAUGAGUAGAUCUGAGGACAGGAAGGCCUCAUUUUUACAUGAUUCAUUUUUAGAGAAUUAAUGAACUUUAAAUCAUCUUUAAAUUAUCUGUAACUAAUAGCUUGGAAAUGUUUCUAGCACUUCUAUUAAUGUACAGCAAUUUUAUAAACAAAUAAACAUGUUCAAAAUAUGAAUAAGCAAAACAAGGCGUAACAAUAGUCUGUUUACAUUCUCCCUCUCCCAUCUGUAUAGUUAUUUGCUUAAAAUGUUUUAUGGCUGCCAAAGGAAAAAUGAAGAUAAUUAGGAAAAAUUAUAAAGAGAAGAAUAUAUUUGAACAAAGAUGUUAUUUAAUCUACAUUUUCACAUUACAUCAAAGAUGGCUGUAAUUUUCAAUAUCUCUAGUCUCAGGCUUAGGAGCUGAAGUUUGCAUGGUCUUGCUAUAAAGACAAAGCUGAUUUGCAAACUCCCAAUACACUCUUGUGUUCAGAUUUCAGAAGUGUAUCUGUGUUUAAUAUGUUCCUAAAUAUAUUUAUAUGUUUCUGUCUCUUUUUUUCCUGAAUUGCUAAUAUAAACUCCAGUCUGAAGAUCUGAUCUGGCUGUCCCACUGAUAUUUCUGUUUUGCUGUGUUUGUAGUCCCCACUACUGAUCCUCCACGGAAGUAGGUAUGAAGAAAUGCCCCACAACCACAAGAGGUUGCCAAAGAUUUCUUUCCCUUUUCACCCUGAACAAUCAGCCAAACAACGAAGUGUAAAAAGUGUCAAACUAAUUAAUUUCAGAAAACACUUGUGCAUAUUUCUUGAAGAGAUAGAAAUAAUCUAUGUGAUGUGUAAUGAAGGGAAUUGUACAGGAAUAAGUUUCAUAAUUAGCCACUCUGGAUUGAAGGUAGCUCAUAGCUUGAGUCUCAUGGCUCAGUGAAAAUAGUUUUGUUGCUUAGAUAUCCUGCAAAAGUUUUUUAUUUUAUUUUCCAUGCAUAUGACCCAAUAACAUUAGAUAAAUAAUUUGUUUGAUAAUGUUCUUUCUCUGAUGCCUCUCAAACUGUUUUAUAUAUUUACUUCUUGUUUUGCUAGCUGUGGUCAAGCAACACCUUUUGUGGCAGCGAAAAUUGCCAGUGACACAGAACACUGCGCCGUGGCGUGUGAUUCUGUGCUGCCUCUGCUGCCCACUGCAACCCUUUUGACUGGACAGACUGGUUCCUGCCAAAGGGGACACAUGGCAUGGCCCCUCUGCAGUUUCAGGGAGAUCUGCUCAGCAAAAUUGACUCUGCAGAAGUGCCCAAACACUGGACCCUGGCUUGGAGAGAGAAGAAAGCUGCUGCCUGGUGUGGAAACCUGGAGUCUCUUCUCAGCAUGCAGGUUUGGCUAUUCUGACCCUUGGGCUCUGUUCUAGUUAGACUAAAUAAGAACAUUUAUUAUACAUGAAAAUUGUUUGCCGAGGGAGUAGGAGAGGCCAAAAGCAAACAUUAUUAAUCCACUAAACAUUACUGUACUGCAGCCAAGUUUGUAACAAACACAGCAGCAGGGGUGGUUGUUUGCUAUAAAUUGCCCUGCAAUCAUUUCCACAAGCUGAGGCUCAGUCCCAGCACGCCUGACACGCUGGCGGGGUGCAGGAAAUGCAGACACAGCUUCCCCAGAUCCAACCCCCCACCAGGGCAUCUCCUGCCCUCCCCACAGCCAGAGCAAGGGCAGGACUCUGCCUCCCUGACACUGCUCAAAAAACCUGGCUGGCUCUUCUGUAAACCCCUGCAUACCUGAGGAUCCUUCCCCAAUGCUGGUAAUUGUGUGUCAGUAGGGCAGUGGUUUGAACAGUGCAGUUUUACACAAAGUUAAUGCAAGACGUCAAAGGAUUAGACAUUGAAGAAAAGCUAAAAAUAGAAAAAAAACUUGAAGGCUUAAAAAUUUAAACUGUGUGAAGUUUAAUUCCAGCUGAGCAAUGACAAUACUGGAAAACAGGCAGAGGCAUGGCAGCCUGAGCCCACUUCACAGGACAGCCUUUGUGGUGGAAUUGCUUCUGGUGUCUCCACAGCAACUGAACAUACCCUGAGCUCUCAUGAUGGGAGUGAUGAGCAAUGUAUUGGAGAAUUUCUCAAGGACUCUGGGGCUCCAUGCCAGCUGCCUGCCAGCAAGUCAAAGGAAGCUUUGGGAGCAAUUUCUCUGAGCUGGGAACCUUCUUCAAGGCAUGCUAAUGCAGCCUGGUGCUUUGUCUUGUCAUAGGGGUCUGCAGGCGUACUUCUGACUAAUGAAAUGCUCAAUAACAUCAUUGUGAGAAAUUUUUUUAAUGUAUCAAAGCAUCCUUGGCAUUAUUAGCAUAGCCACAUAAUUACCCACAGAGAAACUUACACCCAUAUGUUAACGCCCAUAAAUUAUUGUGCAGAUUUCUUUUAUACCUUUAUUUUCAGUUUCUGAGAAGGAUACAUCACUGGGUACUUAAUAUAGUCAUUGCUUCAGAAGAUGUAAGCUGCCCAUGCCUGCAGUAAAAUGUUCAGGAGGCAGAGUGGUGCUGGCAGCGUCAUCUGAAAGCUCAGGAAGCCAAAGCCUAACUCUGCUCAGGGAGUGAUGCAAGAAUAUGAUGCACCUCUUUAAUUUCACAAGAGGUUUCUUAAAAAGACAGGAAUUAAAAAAUGAGAAUGGAGAGGAAGAAAUUUGUGUCAGGCUGAGAAAAAAUUCUGUUAGUGUCAGAAAAAACCCUUUGUAGCAGGGAAAAAAUUCUUCAUAGUAAAAGGCAGAGAGCCUGAUCUGAAAUUCCAAGCUAGGAUAGCAAUAUCAAUGUAUUAUAGAUAUCCUGACACCCUGAGUUGCUAGCCAUAUGUGUCACAUAUCUGACACUUUUUUAUUUAGACUGAAGAUACCAGAUUAUAGAUCUAACCUUCUAAAUUUUCACAUAAUCCUCACAAAUUUGGCAUGAAUGCUGUAAAAGAAGUGGUAUUUGAACCAAGCAAUCAGUUGUAGUAUUUUCAGAUCUUGAAUUCAGACAACAAAAAAUUUUUAAUGCAGACCCAUUGCAUGCUUAUCUUCAUGGUCUUUAAAUGAUUUAUCCCAGUAUUGAGAGUAUGCUAUUCUAUGUAAAUACGAUAUAUGUUCAUUUUACUAAAACUGUUAACUACAAAACAUUAGGAUUGAAAAAUAUAUCUUGCUUUUUAUAAAGAGCUGUGUUACACUUUUACUCAAGUUAUUUUAGUAAGUCCUUUCGAUUUUAUUUUUUUCCAUUUGUGUUUGCUUGACAUUUCUACACAAGCUAUCUGCUGACUAUUCUGGUUCUCUGUAAGAGGGAUAAAAGUAAGGAACAUUCUUCCCCUCCUUUGAUCACUUUGCAGCCUGGGAACUGCAAACUGAUGUUCAAAUAUUCAAAGCUUACAGAAGCAGAGCAUAGUAUUUAAUGUUGCAUGCUGGAGUGCUGGCAAUUGCCACAAGUGGUUCACUGUAGUACAGUAGUUUCCAGCAUUGCCUCAUUUAUUAAUCAUAGAAAUGUUGCAUGCAAAUUAGCCAGAGAGUUGUGCAUCAUAAUACAGUAAUGAAAAAAUCUGUCUUCACAUGUAUUAAUGCCCACAAAUUUAGCACAUUAUAGCACUGCAUGGUUUCUCCAUUAUAUUCCAAAACGUGCCAAAAGCACUAAAAGCUGUGUCACUGAGUGUUUUCUUCUUGUUGCUUGCUGACUUUCUAAAGAGUGAGAGAAUUUAGCUCCAGGGCACUUUUGUGUCUGCCAUUUUCCAGGGUUCUUUUUUGGGUUAAUGUUCUGUCAGCCAAAUAUCAAUAUUUCUCUUGCUGUAACGCAGUUUAAAAAUGUAUUUUUUAACAUGGUAAGCACCACUGUCCCCCACUUCAGCACAAUUUCAGAACUCUUCCCUGCUCUGAAAGCUGCUCCAUUUCACAUCCUGACCUUGUUAUUCCUAGGCACUGUGCAAGGAAAAUCUCAUAUUUUAAUCUCUUGCUUUCUAACUACUCCAACUAUUUUUUUAGGAAGGUCAAGGUGAGAAUGAAGGAACUGAAAUUUUUGUGCAGAACAUUUUGCAAAGAAAGAAACACUUCCCAGCAGAUAGGGACAAUUUGUGCAGUUGUAUUCCCAGCUGCUCACCAACCUGCCAAAAGAUGGGAAUAGACAGAGAAAUGGCAGCAAAAAUUGUUUGCAGGACAAAGGAAGAAGAGAGAACAAAACAACUGGAGGCAAGCAAGAAAGGGGAAGCAAGGGAAGAGCAGAAGGAACAUUAUAAUGGUCAACACCAAGGCAGUUAGAGACCUUGUGUGUUGGGACAGAGAAACUUUUGGAGUUAGCUGUGCAAAAAUCCAGUUAACAGGAUGUUUCAUUUGCUAUGGUAGUUACCUAACACUUAAGCGUUUUACAGAUUCAUUCUCCACAGGCUGCAUCACAGAGAUAAAAGCAAAAGGCAUAAACUGAAGUGACUUAGCCAAGUGGUAAAAAACCACAGUGCAAACCAACACCCGAGAAAGUCAUUACCUCUCUGUUUCCAAACCUGCAAGAGGUGGGGUAAGGUAAAGUCAAAUGCAUUAAACAGGUAAAAGUAGGAGGGAGAAAUUUGUAAGCUAGGCUAACCUGUUUGAACCAUACAUAUUUGAACAACAUGCUAAACCAUUUUUUUAAAAGAAGGAAGCUACUAUUAAGGUAUAAAGCCAAUGUACAAAUACAAUAAAAACAAGAGAUGCAAAAUGUUCACAAGAGUAACUGCAGAUCAUUUCAUUACAGCUGGUGACACUAAUGUGAGCUGCAUUCAUUCUUGCAGCAUUGAGAGUACCACAGGCAAAAAGAGGCAAAAACUUUAAUAAAGGAAUAGGUCUACUGCAACAAAGGAAACAACAGCAAGAAACAGAGACAAGGACACAUCCUAGCCCCAUUAAUAUCAGCAGGAAUUUGCCUUCAUCUUCAGUGGGAACAGAACUUCAAAGACAUGGGAAUCACCCAUACAACCUGAAGGGUAAAAUCUGAACCUUCCAUACUCUCUGACACAAGCUGUGUUUGAGGGUGGUGGGGUAGCCCUGACACCAUGAAAAUGUCCCCAGCAGGAGUUGCAUGACCUUGGCCUGGCUGUGACCUUGUCCCUGGCACUGGCAUGUGGUGUUGUUAGGACAGACCUCAGAGAGCUCAUUCCUCGACAGAAGAACCUCCCUGAAGCCCAUGAGCUGGGCACAGGUGAAGCUCCUCUCUCUUUGCUCAUGGCUGUACUUUCAGUGUCCAAAUCAGGAUGAAGUGAUAUCCCCACCUUUAUUGGUACAUUUUUUAUGUCUCAGUAGCUUAAGAUAUUCUUUCAAAGCCUGUCUCUGGCAGAAUGAAAGCUGUAUCUCCUCAGUCGUGAUUUGUGUUGUUUGAACUGAGGAAGACGAGUGGUGUGGACAUAAAGAAUAGUUUCUUCUCCAGGAAGAUUUAAGAUCUCCCCUGAAGACUAAGAACAUAUUUAAGUGCACAUGGCCUGCUAAAUGCUGGGAAUGAGGGAAAGCCAGGAUGAAGGAACUCCUUCCUGGGCAUCUCUGCAGGUCUUGUUUUGGUACUCACACCAUACAGCAAGUAAAAAUUCAAAGAACAGAUGUACUAACAACAGAAUUAGUUUUCCUGUCCUUCCUUUAGAUGACUCCUAGUGCUUCUUCCAUUCCUGGGAAUUCAUAAUAUGACAUGGUAUCAAGUUGCUGGAUGAAAAUACAUAUAAUGUACAACCUGGGGAGGUUGCUACACUCUUGAUAAGUUUAUUUGCUCCUCAUAGUCAUAUUUUAGCUCUGUGAGAAAAAGUCCCCCUCUGUGCUUAAUUAUUUACUGGUCAUCAAAGUCUGACUAUAUAGACUCUUUCAAAUAACCCAGAUUCCAAAGAACAGUAGGAAAAUGUUCCAUGGGAGUGUGUACCCUAACUAAGGCCCCUCCAUCAAUUUCUAAUUAUAUUUCAUGUUUUGUAUGGUGUCUGCACCCCCAGACCACUGCAGCCAUGUCAGGAAAGCAAUGGCAAGCACUUUCAGAAAAGCCCCUUUAAAAGAGAUGUGUUUAGCACGUUUGCUUGUCUGUGUUCUAUACAGCAGUGAUUUUGUGUUUCUGAGUGUAAAGAGUUCUGUGGACAACCUUUAUUAAAGCCACAAAUAUGACUACAAAAUACAAGUUUAUGCAUGUUUUCCAUACAUUAAAUUUCUUAAGGAAUCUGAAGCCUCUCCUGCAAAACUAUAAGAACAUUUCAAAACCUGUGCUCUUUACAAGUCAGACCCAUAUUAUAUGUCAAAAUAUACAGCUGGGGUUUUUUGAAAGAGCAAGCACUCCUCAGGAUCCUGCAGGUACAGAGAACUUGGGAUUUCAAUACUUUUUUAUAAUAAAAUGUAAUAUUUGUUUAAUGCUAAAUUCCUCUGGGUUUCAGUGCCCUUAUUGUUCACUACCAGCACAUGUAUAAUCAGCCUAAGAAAGGAGGAGCAGAGCAUGUGGUUUGGCUGCUUUGAGAAUCAUAGAACAAUGCUAUUUGAGUCUGUGGGUUUAGCUUGGUAGUCCAUCUGAAAUGACUCUCAGUGAGACAGAUAGUACAGGAAACAUGAAAUAUUGUAUUUCAGAUAAGAAACUCAUCUGUAUUUCAUGGUCCCUGUCUCCUCUGGGAAUAUGAGGCCAGGGCUUUGUGGGAUCGAGUGACACCCCUGAACUGACCACUGCUGAGCGCAGCUGGUCUGAUUGGCUUAGUUAGAGCAGUGUGGUAAAGGCAAAGUGACACUGAGCAGCUUUGUGGCCCUUACCACUUCUACCAUAAGCAAGGUGUCUUUCCUAAGCAGGGGAAGUUGCAAGGGCCCACAGCAUUUGAAGUCCAGUUUAAUUUAAAUGUAGUACUGCAUAAAGUAAUAGGAUGAACAGAAUAAAAAUUAGAAGGGCCAAACUCCUAACAAAUUUAUGAGUGUGCUGAACAAAUUAAUACAUAUUUGUGCAAAGUAGCCAGGAGAAGAAAAAUAUGUUUCCUCUAAAAGGAUGUAGGUGUGGCUACUGCAGUGUACCAAGGAGAUUAAAAAAAAAAUCCUGUUGUUGUGUUGUGUUUGAAGUAUUAAUUAGAGUCUGGCGUCAGGUUUGAAUGAUAACUAUUACUUUCUUCACACAGAUUUUCUAAGCUUGAGAGACCAGUUUUCAAAAGCUCUCUAGCAAAGCUAUUAUCUUACCAGCAUUACUUUGUCAGAAGAAUCUGUGAAAGGUUCAUCACUGAGGAGAACAGAGAUUGUCUCCAGCAUCAGUCUGUACUGGGUAAAGCAUCAAACUUGUUGAACCGUGCAGACCAAGCAGAAGAAAUCCUGUGAUAAAAGGUCCAAUGUAAGGCCAAAUCUCAUUAUGAAUUUCAUUUCUUUGUUCAGUCAAACCCUGUGCACCAGUCAGGAUUGGCUCUCACAAGCUUCUACUGUAAAAUUAUACAAAAGAGGCUGAAAUCUAGGCCACAGCUAGAAAUAAUUCUUAGGAAGCUCUCUGGAUUUCCUGGAGGGUAAGGUGUGGCUCUGUGUGUGGGAGGUAAACGCCAGUGUUUUUCUGUUACCAAUAAUUAUGUGCAGCUUGAGUUUCAGUAAUAAGAGCUACAUAUGCAUGCUGGAAAAAAAGAGUUUAUCUUACACUGGGAUUAUACGUUCCAAGAUAAAUGUCUUACAUUGCUUUUAUCUUUGCUGUUUUGUGAUUAGCACUUUUAAAUGUCCAAAAGAAUGUGCACAGUUUAUCAGCACAUAAAUAAAAAAUACAGUUACUGAGAGUUUGUAACAUAAUAGAGAAAGAAAUCUUGUAAAUCUUCAUAUUAGCCCACCAGUCUGUCUACACAUUUUGGAACUACUACUUGCACUAGCAUUUGUUUUUAUUGGCUUCAAUAAUUUUGCUUUUGAUGUUUUUUAUGAUCACUGCCAAAUACAGAAUAUGCUUUCCAGAAAGUUAUCCUGAGGUGAACACACAACAUUGAAUUAUCAGUCUUAAAGGAUUUGAUAAACCAAUAAAGAAAGAAAAUCUUAUCAGGGGGAAAGGGGCUUGGUAGCUUAAAUAAAAGAAAUACUGCAAUUCUAAUGACUAUUAAUCAAAAUAUAGAAAUAAAGACAGGAAAAACCCCCAACUUUAAUGUAGCUAAAAUGUAGCCUGUUAAAUGAUUUUAAAGUCCAUUCAUUGCAGUGUCUAACCCCCUACCAUAUGAAUAUUACGGAAGAUAUUCUACCAUUCUUAUAAAACAUUUGAAAGGGCUUUUUCUACUUCAUUUUGAGUUUUCAUAGCAUCAUGGGUUUUCAGGCCAGAAGAAAGUACCACAAGUCUGCAGCCUGACCUUUUGCAUGGUACAGGUGAUAAUUAGAUUGAGGGAUGUAUCCUUUGGGAAAAAAUCCACCACCUUGGUUUAAAGUUUUCAUGUGAAAAAGAAUACUUCACGGGCCUACCUAUCAAUUUUUUUCCUAGGGCUUAGUUAAUCCAAGGGGUUUUCUGUUUGUUUUGAUUUUGGUUUCAAUCAAAAAAGAUCUCUUGACUCAGUUUUUAAACGUUGCAUCUUCUAAAAGAUUUGUCUGUUAAACUGAAGAUUUCUAUGAUUAUUCUCUUUAUUUAUGUAAUUUCAGGUGAGUUAGUUCUUCCCUGAUUCAUUGAUGGGCCAAAGAGAUGAAGCUUUUUAAGUCUCUUUUGUAAAAAGGGUUUCUAGAUCCCAAAGGAACCACAUAGUUCUGCUUAACCAGUUUCUCAGUUUUUGUCUCAGUAUCAGGGCAAGUCCUACUGUUCCACCAACAAAAUCCCCAUUGCUGCAGUGCUCCCCACAUUUGUUCACAAGGAUGGCAUUUCUGUGUGUCCCUAACUGCAUUUCCGCAUCACUCCUUUUCAUGAUGCAGCCCUCCCUCAGGUAAAUAAAUUACAUUUUUCUUUCCUAGCAAUAUUAACCUGCACUUAACUAUCCUAUAAUGCACAUUGUUCACGUUAACUCACCUAGAUUCUGGGAGCAAUGUGGACUAAUUUCUUAUCAUGUAUCACUUCACAGCUUCUGUUCCUUACAAAAGAUUAUCUUAAAAUUUGUAAAAUAACUAGUAACUGUCACUAGCUAUUUAUAAAUACUUCUCACUUAUUAAUAAUGCCAAGUAAAAAAACUGACUAUUUUUCUCAAUUUAAAAUGUAAAGUAUAUAGUAAGAGCCUAGUGUAAUAUAGCCAGACACUGAAAUGUAUUGAAACAGAGGAAUAUUUAAGUAGUAUUUGGCUUAUUCUCAAUAAAAUGUGUGUUGAUA